AUGGUGGUGAAGGAUGAUGCGAGAAAGAACGCCAAGCCGCGGCCGGUGCGGACCACGGUGAACCUGAACGAUCACGUCAUCGUCCCCUACCUGGACCCCGCCGCCACGUCGACCAAGCCGGACCAGGCCGUGGAGGACUACCUGUUCUGGCUGUCCACGGCGCCCAUGGACCACUCCCGCCCGCUCUGGGAGUUCCACAUCCUCGGCUUCCCGACGUCCGAGGCCACCGCCACCGUCGCCAUCCGCAUGUACCACUCCCUCGGCGACGGCCGCCGCGGACCCGGCGCGGCUGCCGGAGCUGCCGCCCGCGCCGCGCCGCGCGGGCCCCGUCUACGCCCAACGCUCUCUGCGGGCUUCGUGGCUCUCGCGCUGUGGCUGUGGUCCUACGUCGUGCUCGCGUGGCACACGCUGGUGGACGUCGUGUGCUUCGUGGCCACGGCGUGGUUCCUGCGCGACCCGCGCACGCUGUUCAUGGCCGCGUCCGAGGGCGUCGAGUUCCGCCACAAGCGCUUCGUGCACCGCACGCUCAGCCUCGACGACGUCAAGUUCGUCAAGAAUGCCAUGAAGUGUGCAUUGUCGGAAAUGAUGGAUUCUGGCAAGAACAAUGGGGCAAAAUGGGGGAACCUGAUUGGUUACAUGAUACUACCUUUCCUUAUAGCCAUGCACGAUGAUCCUCUUGAAUGCAUCCGACAAGGGAAAAGGACAGCUGAAAGGAAGAAGGCUUCAUUAGAAGCAGUUUUCACGUACUGGAGUGGGAACCUAAUAGUCAAACUUUUUGGCAUGAAGACUUGUGAGGUUUUGGCAGUUCGGUGCAAUUCAUUUCAAGUUGAAACCAAAUCAUUUGGAUUGUUUAAACUCUAA